AUGAGGCCUACACAGAUCCUCGGCGUGGGCAAAUACCGCCACCUCAAGCUCACGACAAAGGACGUCGGCCGCGGCUUCUACAAGGGCAACCGGACGGGAUCCAUGGGUCGGCACACCAAGUACGGAGGCUACCUGAUCGAGUGGAACAAAGUGCGCACAUACGUCGUGCCGCAGAAUCUCGCAGAGUCCAAGCUCACUCCCUUUGUGAGCAGAGAGGUUCGCGAAGAGCCUGGCGACUACAAGGGCUUGAACAAGGGUCCUCAGGAUCCUUACUUCUACGUCGAGCAGUGGAAGCGAUAUAACGGCGUCGACUGA